CAGGUAACCAUGACUUCUCGAAUUGGACAUUCCGGUGGCCUCAGGCGGAUCUGUGCUCUGGGGUUGGUCGUGUCUCUUGUUGUGGCCCUUGCCUCCGUCCCUUUCGUUAUAGCAAAGGGAGAUAAUGAUACAGAAGAUUCAGCCACGUCCGUACAACCGCAGUCCUCACGAUCGCGGUUCUUACAUCGUCUUCAAGGCUUGUUUACACACUCGACAUCGUCCUCUUCGUCGUUGUUAUCCACCUCUUUGGACAAGCUCGAAAGUCCAGCCGCCACAAAGGCUAGCUCUUUUUCUAUAUUGGGGGGCGAGAAGGAUUCCUGGGCUGAAGAGUGGGACCUCAAACUGGCGCGUCGCCUUCUAGAUGGGGAUCAUUUUAGCGUCUUGAAAGAGAUGGUGCUGUCCAAAGACCUGGAAGUGAUAUGGAGCACCCCUUACGCGGCGCGACGCUUAUUGGAAGCGAAUCCCAUUUUGAAAAUGCUGCCUGGUGCAGCUGCUUUGGCAAAGAAAGACCUAGACGAUUGGACGCCAGCUGAUGGAUUACAAAUUCUGUCCAGGUUGCGUCUCUUCGCGAAAGAUGCAAUGGAAAAGACUAUGGAAAACAUCGACCCGUCGAAAUCCAUGGAAUCUUUGGAAAAAUUCGCCCAUCGCGGUCUUAGGGAGGAGCACGAAGGUGGCGACCCGAAAUUAAAAGCUCUUUUCGAUAAAGUAGCCGCAGGAGAUGAUACAGCUGCAAAGGAAGUGCAUGAUGUGGUGUUCGAUGAGCUUUGGGGAGGAUUAGUGGACAAAGAACAGAUGGGUUUUGGAAAAGAACCCGGUACGAUGUUCGAACCAGAAGCGUCCAAAAUUAUGCGGGACUACGUGCGAACCCAAGAGCCAGCUCUUUGGGAUAUGAUGACGAUGGACGACCCGUUUAUCACGCAGUAAGCUAAUGACGGAUCCUCUAGCAACACCCAUGAAAGUAAUACAAGACCUCACUAAUCAGGAACUUGCAGCUGAUCAGACAGAGUUGGAGUCAAAAAGCAAGCAGCAAGAGACGUGAUGAAAGCGGGGGCUCGACGAAAGAAUCGUAAGCAGGGUUUGUGACACUCAAUGAGCAUCCCGAGAUCGAGCUACUACCUAUGGGAGCUUAUAUACCCCUAUAUUAUCGCCAGUAUGAUAAGAAUGAACGCUAGAGUGCUCCCUUCCAAUAUAAAAGCAAAGUAUGCGCUUGAUAUUUCUUUCUCGGAAGGCUGAAAUUACGCCUAGAAGAAUGUACCGUCUGAUUGAUAUGCUGUACGCGAAAAAGGGAGACGUCGUUUUAAAGAUAUUACGGAAAAAUGGGGCAAUGAAGAUGAACGUCAUGGAUCUAAUAAUGCGAAGAAUCAGAUUGUUAAGAAAAUCGAAUUUCCAAUGCCACUGAAAACUUAAAAAUGGCUGGC